AUGGAGCUGGCUCGGGACCUGGGGCUUGGGGACUCCUCCCUGCAGCGCUACCUGGACGGCGACUUCUGGAGCCUCAAGAACGAGCUGCGCAGCCUCUUGGGCAGCCACCCGCUCUUCUGGCACAGGUAUGAUUUAAGUUUGGAUGAGAUGAGAGCUUUGACAGUUCAGAGAGUGAAGUUUGCCAUGGGUCUCCCUCCGCUAAAGCAUGCAUUACAGGAACUGGCGUCUUUGUCCCGGCUCCAGCUCCAUGGACUUGGAUAUCGGCCACUUGGCCAGCUCCGGCCCCGUGGGAUAGUGUGGAGUAUUUGCGCAGAGUUGACAGGAUGAAGUGGCCUGUUUAUAGAAGUCUCUCUGUAUAGAUUCGCACCAGAACUGUGUUGUCGUCUUGACGGCCACAGGGAUUGCUUGAAAGGGGGACUGAGUUGCCUGCCAAGCAAAUCCAGUGCAGCUGGAAUCAUGCAAGAGAGAUCCAAGAACUUUGUCAGCCGAAGCCUUGCCAUAGGAGAAGUUGUCACCAUUGCAGACGUGGCCACAAGUGUGAAGUGUGGAAUACUAUAUUGGCUAUUUGCUGGGACAAUCCUGAAUCUUGGAAGUCCAGAACAUGUUACUAAGUGGUUGCCAGCACUCCAGGAGCAGAAAUACACUGGGAUGUUUGCAAUGACUGAGAGGGGUCACGGGAGCAACGUGAAAAGGAUUCAGACUGAAGCUACCUUUGACCUUGCUGCACAGGAGUUUGUCAUUGACACACCAUGUGACAAUGCCCAGAAGAUGUACAUUGGAAAUGCCAUGAAUGGGAAUUAUGCAGCUGUCUUUGCCCAGCUCCUUAUAAAUGGAACAUCUCAAGGGCCCCACUGUUUCAUUGUUCCUGUUUGGGAUGAACAUGGAAGCUUGUACCCGGGAGUGACAGCUAUGGAUAUGGGGUACAAAGAAGGUCUGAAUGGUGUGGACAAUGGGAUUUUAAUAUUUGACAAGGUUCGGAUACCCAGGGAGAACCUGCUGGAUAAGUUUGGCUCGGUGACUCCGGAUGGACAGUACCACUCAUCUAUUAAGAACAAGAAUGCAAGAUUCAAUGCCAUGCUGGCAGCACUGGUGCCUUCGAGAUUAGCGGUGGCCUUCCAGGCCAUGGGCAGUAUGAAGCUUGGGUUGACGAUAGCCAUUCGCUACAGCCACAGCCGGAGGCAGUUUGGGCCUGAGGCCAAGGAGGAGGUGAAGAUCAUGGAGCACCAAACCCACGCCCUGCGGCUGAUGCCUCACCUGGCCACCGUGUUGGCGCUGACCUUUGCCAGCAGGUACGCUGGCGCCCUCCUGGACGAGGACUUGGCCCAGGGGAAGGAGCUCGUCCGCAGUCGCCCCCUGCAGGCUCUGGUGGCGGGCCUGAAGGCCUACAGCACCUGGGAAAACACCCGCUGCCUGCAGGACUGCCGAGAGUGCACUGGAGGCGCGGGUUACAUGAUGGAAAACCGAAUCGCAGGCCUGAAGUGUGACACAGAUGUGCUGGUAACUUUUGAAGGUGACAAUAUUGUUUUGCUUCAGGUUGUGGCCCGGGAACUGCUGGCUCAAUACGCCAAGGAGUAUAAAGAAAAGCAGCUCUUUGCUGUGCUUCGGAGCUGGGUGACACCUGCAAUGGACCAGCUGAGAACCAGCUUCCUGGCGUUUAACUGGGACCCAGUCGGUCACCUCACCUUUCUACUGAAAGCAGUAAAUUUUCGAGAAAGAGUUCUGCAGCGGAGUUUGGUGGCCAGGAUUUACUACAAGGUGGUGAGCAAGCAGGAAGACUUCUUCUUUGCCUGGAACUCCUGUCUGCACCACGUCGUCUCCCUGUCUCUGGCCCACACUCACAGAGUCACGCUGGAGCAGUUCUCGCUGGCCGUGCCGCGCUGCGCUGACCCCGAGGACCGGGCUUUGUUAAUGAAGUUUUGUCUGCUGUAUGGAACCCAGCUGGUGUUCCAGGAGCGAGCCUGGUAUUUAGAACACAAGUACCUGAGCCCCGUGACCAGCGCAAGGAUCAGGAAUCAGCUGCUGCUCCUGUGCGACUGGGCGAAGAGCGAGGCCCCGAGGGUGGCGUCCGCCUGGAACAUUCCACGCGCCGCCCUCCACGCGCCGAUCGCGGGGGUCCCCGGCGCGCGGGCCCCCUGGGCCUCCCACCCGGCGCCCCCGGGGCCGCCGCGGGCCAAGCUGUAA